CUAUAGCCCGGGGAGGCUCCGCCUGCCCCACCGCCUGCGCCUGCGUCAGGCCCGGUCGGUGUGUUGGGCCCAGUGGGAUGGAGCGGUUCGGCGGUGCUGGGUAUGAAGUUGCCGAGCUGUCCCGGCAGCAGGAGCGGCAUUACCGGCUGCUGUCCGAGCUGCAGGAGCUGGUGAAAGCGCUGCCCAGCUCCUGCCAGCAGCGCUUGUCCUACACGACGCUGAGCGACCUGGCGCUGGCUCUGCUGGAUGGGACGGUGUUUGAGAUCGUGCAGGGGCUGCUGGAGAUCCAGCACCUUACUGAGAAGAACCUCUACAGCCAGCGCCUCAAGCUGCAUAGCGAGCAUCGUGGGCUGAAGCAGGAGCUCUUCCACCGGCACAAGGAGGCCCAGCAGUGCUGCAGGCCGCACAACCUGCCCCUGCUCCGUGCUGCCCAGCAGAGGGAGAUGGAGGCUGUGGAGCAACGAAUUCGAGAGGAGCAGAGAAUGAUGGAUGAGAAAAUAGUCUUGGAGCUGGACCAAAAAGUUAUCGACCAGCAGAGCACCCUGGAGAAAGCUGGGGUGUCUGGCUUCUACAUCACCACCAACCCACAGGAGCUGACUUUACAGAUGAACUUACUGGAGCUGAUUCGGAAGUUGCAGCAGAAGGAAUCUGAGUCAGAGAAGGCUUUUUCCUGAGCAAGACAAAGUUUUCUUCUGACUCCACUCUAAAGAAUAGACUUAAUGCAUUUUGUUGUGUGUUAUAUUAAGAAGAGGCCAUUGGUCAGCAAGUGCAAGUUGAAACCCUUAGGUUACCUUUAGAGAUAGACCUCUAGAGCAGAGGGGAGCUGAAGAGCUCCAGGCUGCCCUUCCACUCAUCAAAGCAAGGAGCACAUUGCAAUUCCUGCUUUGUUGCAGUGGGUUGCUAAGACAAGGGCUGACAGAGUGUGAAUCUGCCACCUCCAGCCUGCAGCGUCAUCUCUAAACUGUGAUCUGCCCUUCUGAAUCAAGGAGGAGGGUUUGAUAAGGGAUGGGAGAGGUGAGUAACUGUCCUAUCAGACAGGAAGCAAAGUGCAGCUGCUUUCCUUUGCAGCCUCAGUGUGCAGUUAGUUGGCAGAUAGGGAGAAAGAAGUCAACAUUAUGUCUGCAGCAAGAUGUGUUUCUUGUGUGCUGAGGCAGAAAUAACAGGCAGAUGCUUCACAGAGAGACAUUGAGGUGGAUAACAUUGAUGUCUCCUCUGAGUUCUAUUAAAAUCCUGUUCUGAACUGUGA